AUGGCCGAUUCUACACAGGAGUGGACGGAUGUCGAACAGGUGGUGGCCGAUUUCAACCGGCGGAUGACAGUUAACAAUAAGGAGAUGGCAUAUGCCACUAGCCAGCCUUCGGCCGAUGGGAACUACAUAUCGACGCGGAUCAUGCUCUACCGGCGUCUCAUCAACCUCGGGCCCGUGACAGAUGCGACCCCGGGCGUCGGACGGCCAAGCGAAAGCAACUCUCUUCGUCGAGGGGCCCUCAUGCAUAUGCUGAAUGACUUGGUCAAGCAGGCCAAAAAUAUGGUCAGCCUAGCAAGGCAAUUGGACGGUCAAGAUGGGUGGGCAACUGUGGCUUGA